AUGACAUGAAUUCAGCUGAUUUCGGCAUAUAAACAAAGAACAGAAAGUAAACAUCGGCGCCCAAAUGGAGAUUGACGCACAAGAUUUGAUCAAAUUAGCUUCUGAGAAACUAGAACUCGGGCAAAAUCUGAAAGCAAAAUUAUCGCAGUUCGAGGCCAUAGAAGGAGUACCAAAAACGAUCCGUAAAAUCAACCAAGAGAUAAAGUUCCUGCAAAAGGUCAUUUCAAAUGGAACUCUCAAGUUAAGUCAUGUAACCUGCAGCAAUCUCACGCAUUUUGAGUUUUUAGUGAAGGUUCUCGAACAGCAGAUAGACGUCCUUGAAGUAGACGCCGCUGUGAAUUCUGAUGAGCGGGAGACGCCGCUUCGUGUCGAUAUUAUCUGCGAUGGAGGUCGAAAAUGGAUAAAAGUCAAUGCCCGUAAUUCUAAAUCUAUUCAUGAUGCUGCCUUAGGCCGAGCCAGCUUUGGUGCAAGAAGUAUUUUUGAUCAAGCUGAGGAGUAUGUUUCAGUUGCUGAGAAAAAUCUAUGCAUGUUCAAACCACCAGAGGUUGUGUUUCAAUUCUGCAAUGACAUUGACGGAGAACUAAAACAAGUCUUAGAAGAGAUAGGAGUGACUGUUUGUACAUCGCUCACGAGGACAGAAAAAGAAUCUGAAUCUCUUAAUUCGGAAUUAUUAAAUAUAGAUACUUUAAAUUUGGACAUUACAUCAAUGCUUGCGUAUGUUAGUGCCCUUACGAAUGGAAGCAAUUGCUGGGACUUUAAUGAACCUAUUUUGAACCAACAAGCCGAAUGGGAGGUGCAAUCGCCAGUGAAACCAAUUUUAGACAAACUUUUUGAAGGGAAACGCUUGAUUUGUUGUAAAACUGCCCUAAACUCCUUCCAGGAAAUUGUCUCUAUUUUGGGCGGACCAAAUGAAAAAUCGCGAGCAGAGCAACUUGUUGAGAGGAUGGAAAUUUUCGAUGAUGUCCAAGAUAUCCCUGAUGAUCUGAUGGAAAUUAAUGUUGGUGGUAAAAUUAAAUCAAGAAGUUUGAGAAUUUUUGCUUUCGGAGUUGCUAUGAAAGCGGUCACUGUAACGUCAAAUGAAGGGUUUAUCAGAUCUGCUAAAAUGAAGGGUGUGAAAAUUCCUGUAUAUAUUAUUCAAGCUAGGGCUUUAACGGAAUCGAAAGAGAAGACAGCACGAAAAGUAGAAGACCGUUGCAAUCAUAUUGUAAGAGUUUGACGAAAUGGCACGCAAUGGGUUGGAUCAGACACGAUUGAAACGACAGGCAAUCAAUUGUAUAUAUGAAAAUAUUGUUCUUCUAUUAAAAGGAAGUAAAAUGGAAAAUGGUUUGUUGGACAUGUUAA